GGCUUUAUCAAUUACAAUGUAGAGCUAACGAACGCGUUUUAUUAUAUUAACGUAAAAGCAGAAGUAUAAUAUAAUGUGUAGUAGUGAAAAGAACAAGAACGUUAGUUUUAAGCUGUUUGCUGCAAGCAGGCUAUAAAUUUAAAAUGGCGUUGUCAACAAUGAGCAGGAAGAUUUUGUUAUAGUAUUCAUAAACUAUUAAAACUAGUUAUAACUAAAUAAUACAUAGUUAUCUAUUUAAUUGAAAAAAAUGAACGGUUUAAGUUUGAGUGAAUUGUGCUGCUUAUUUUGUUGUCCACCUUGUCCAAGCAAAAUAUCUGCUAAACUAGCCUUCUUACCUCCUGAACCAACAUAUGAAUUUGUUUCUGAUGAAAAUGGAAAGUAUAGUUUUGCACUGACUGAGCGGGCAGAAUGGCAAUUUUCAGAAAGAGAAAAAGAAAAUAUAGAAGUAUUUUUCACUAGAACAAUCAGAGGAAAUCGAAUUGCUUGUUUAUUUGUUAGAUGCACUAGUAAUGCUAGGUUUACAAUUUUAUUUUCCCAUGGAAAUGCAGUAGAUUUGGGACAGAUGAGCAGUUUUUAUUUGAGUUUGGGCUCUCGUAUUAAUUGUAAUAUAUUUAGUUAUGACUACUCGGGUUAUGGUGUAAGUGCAGGGAAACCUUCUGAAAAAAAUUUAUAUGCAGAUAUUGAUGCUGCAUGGCAAGCACUAAGGACUAGAUAUGGUAUUAGCCCUGAAAAUAUUAUCCUUUAUGGCCAAAGUAUUGGCACAGUACCUACAGUUGAUUUAGCUGCAAGAUAUGAAGUUGGAGCUGUGAUAUUGCAUUCUCCUCUCAUGUCCGGAAUGAGAGUCGCCUUUCCGAAUACAAAAAGAACUUGGUUUUUUGAUGCCUUUCCCAGUAUUGAUAAAGUUCCCAAGGUAAUGUCACCUACGUUAAUUAUUCAUGGGACUGAAGAUGAGGUUAUAGACUUUUCUCAUGGGCUUACCAUUUUUGAAAAAUGCCCUAAAGCCGUAGAGCCCUUAUGGGUAGAAGGUGCUGGCCAUAACGACGUGGAAAUGUAUUCAGUAUACUUAGACAGGCUUAGGCAAUUUGUGAUGGUUGAAUUAGAUGAUAACUGACAGUUGCUAGCAGGAGAAGAUGUGACUUUUAGUUCAGGUACAUCUAGUUCGGUAGGUGAAAAACUACUUUAGCCAGUCGAUGCAGGAUCGGCAAGGACCGCCAAUUCACCAGAGCCGAUUUCCUGCAAAACAAUCAACUUUCCAUUAGUAUCUCCUAAAAAAUGCUGCAGUCCGUCAGUGUCGCAGCGCCUGACUGCAUGUCAUUGUAUAUUACUUGAGACAACUUGCUAGCCCAUAAUCUGCAUUUUUUACUGUAAAUGUAUAUAUAUAUAUAUAUAUAUAUAUAUAUAUAUAUAUAUAUAUAUAUAUAUAUAUAUAUAUAUAUAUAUAUAUAUAUUGUUAACUGUGGACUUUUUAACUACUGUGAAUAUUUGAAGACAAUCUGUCAAGUGAUGCAAUAUUAGAAAAAUCUGUAUUACAUGAAAACUUAAGUUUUCUUGUCUGUUCAUAUCGUUGUAUUGUAAGUUAUUUAUUUUUUAAAUUCUAGGAACCACAACUUCAUAAAAUACAGGAACCCAUUCUUCAUUCAUAUACUAAUAACUUACAUUUUCAAUUGAUUUCUAUAUUCAUUAAUAUAUUUAAUGCAAAGUUUUGUAUUCAAUAAUAUAAUAAAUAUAUUUUCUUCAAUUAUGAAAACUUCCUGGGAAAUAUGCUCUCGAAUAGUUUUAAUUAACACUUCUGGUACUUCCAGCUGCUAUUAAGCUGGUAUAUAAUUCAAAGUAAUUCUUCGUUUAUGGAGAAGAUUUACUAACUUUUUGAGAGAAAAACCAAUCUAUAUCUUGCUUUCCAUGUGAAUAUUUUCAUAAGCUUCAUAAUAUAUAUAUACAUCUUUUGGAAAUGGAAAAUUUUCAGUUUAUCGAUGCAAAUUGAAUUAAAGUUCAUAAUAAAAAUGUCCAACAUAAACAUCAAAUUUACUGACCUUAAAACCUACCAUUUAUAAAUAUUGAUUUCUAAAUUCAGGAGUCUAUGUGCAAAAACUUUCAUUUUGAACGCCUUAAUAUUUUCAAUUUUAUAAUUGAUUCAUUUAUGAUUAAUUAUACAUUGAUUGAUUAAUCUAAGACAAAAAUUAUUCUAAUUGCACUUAAAUUUUCUAGACAUGAUAGAAAGCUCAGAAUAUACCCAAUAAACUUGGUCAAGCACUUCAAUAGUUAUUUUUCUGAAAAUACAAUGUAUUGAUUCUGAAUUAUAUAAAAUGGGUAAAGACAGGCAUUGUUUGUGGUAUUUGUAUUUUUGCAGUAUUGGAACUGGGAUUAGUUUUUUGUUAAAUUUAUUAUUUUGUUCACUGAUAUAAUGGAUAUUAAGUAUUGAGGUAAUCCUCAUAUGCCAAAUGAAUAAUACAUUGAAGUAGCACGAUAAAACUAGAAUCUGUAAUGCUACAGUUCCAUUUGAUAUUGAAAUUCUGUUAGGUUUAAGACCAGACUCAGAGAUUGCACACAUGUGCCAUUUGUACUUACAAGAAAUAUUUUCCAAUCGAAGCAGAAGCUGCAGCAUCCUCUUUGGGAUAGGUAAUAAUUUUAAUUGAUAAGAAUUGAAAAAUAGCUUUUAUCAGUUAGAAAUAUUAAGGAGCAAACUAAGCCAGUGAAAUAAACUUGGGGUUUUCAUUAGUUUUAACCAAAUAACAAAUUAUGCGUUAAUAAUGCUGGGGAGUGUAUAUUGUUGCAUUAUUUGUAAUUUUAGUAGUUCUACAUUAUAUUUUAUUUGAGAGAAAAUGCAUUCUCGUGAUUAAUUUUCUCAUUUAAUUGAAUAACUUUUUACAAAUAAAAAUCUUUUUUACAGUCAACUUGAUAAAAUUUGACAUGUUUGGAUUAUGGAAUUUAAUAUUAUUAAUUAGAUUUAGCUUAUUUUUGCAACAAUAAAUGCUAAAUGCAUGAAGUUCUGGUUCAAAAAAAUGAUUCUUUUGUUAUUGAAGUAGUAUUCUUAUGAAUUAUUUUCAUUCUGCGUUAAUCUAUAUUUGCUAAACUUUUUUUUAUACUUAAUGGGGUAUUCUGGUUUAGAAGCCUAAAUUUUAGGCAUUUUAGAAACUAACGUAAAAAAAAUGAAAAACAUUUUUACUAUCCAUUUUUUAUGAUAUUUAUUGACUUUUUAAGAAUACAAAAAAAUAUAGAAAAGAAAACAGAAUUUCAAUAAAUUAGAGGCCGGCUAAGUGGUGGCUCCAAAAAAUCGGUGCACCCUUAUUGAUAUGAUUCCAGCCUUUGUACUGAUCUAGAACAACAAAAUUUUGAAAAUUUUCAAUCUGUAAAGAUGUCGCUUGACCUUAGCCAAAAAAAAUUUUUUGACCUUUUCGAAUUUUCUAAAAAUAAUCCGUAUUGAAUUUUUCUAAAAUACAAAGCAGACGCAAUAGAGAGGUAUAUAAAAAAGAUUCCCACCAAAUUUUAAAGGAAUUGGUCGGGUAGAACUUGAGAUAUCAUAUCAACCACUCCAAAAAAAGUAGUUUUGAGAAAAAUGCGCUUGAAGUUUGAGAAACAAUUCCAGUAGAAUAACUCGUUCCAGGCCGACUUGGACACUACGUCACAAAAACUACUGUAUCUCCGGAAAUAAGGCGUUCAAAACUAUGCAAAAAAAUCGAUUUUUCCAAACUUCUAGACCAGAAUACCCCCUUAAUCAUUGAUCAAUACUAAUUUUAGAACUUUUUCUUUACUAACGUAUUCCUAGUUUACAUACUGCCUCAAUAUAAAUUUAUUUAAUAUUAAAAGCUGGAAUACCGCUACUAGUAUUUCAUCUUAACCUCCGUUAGUCUGGUGUUAGAAGUCUGUGUGUGAUAUAAUUGAAUUGAUUCUGGUGCCAUUUUAAGAAUAUCUACACAAUAUAUUCAAUUAAAAUUGUGAAUCCGAGCUAGUAAAUAUUUUUUGAAAUAAAUAUUGCCACGUUAACAAUACCUAUACUGACCAAGUAUUUCUAAAAUUCAUUAAAUUGCUUAACUUGAUUCAAAGUCACUUAGUUUGAAACUUCUGAAUGGAAUAAACAAGUAAAAUAAAUAAUUAAGGUUGCACAAUCGAACUUUACAAAACCACACAUCAACAUUGUCAAUUAUAAUCACUGGUUAUUUGAAACGAGUAUGAAGGGGCCUAUAGAAAUCCCAAAGAACCAGAUAUAAUUGUGAGUGGUAGUGAAACAAUGAGUUCAGAAUGAAUAUCACCAAUGGCUCUAGAAAUUCCGACUCAGUUAUAUGUUAUUUUGUCAUUACCUAAAUAAUUAUUCAGAUAGAUAGAUAAUUUUUGUUAAAGUAAUUGAUGGAGAGAGAGUAGAACUUCUACAAAUCUAAAAUCCUUCUUACCACACUAACAAGGGGUUAAAUGUACUUAAUUUUGGAAACUAAUGGUUUUUCAAGAAAUUUGGAUAUUAUAAAUAGUAUACUUGAGUUCCCUGUGAUAAGUUAUCUUAAUUCUAUCAAAUAUUCUUUGACCUGUAUAUUUUACGUUCAGAAUUCUAUCAAAUCCAAAUUUGCAAUAAUAUAUAGACUAUUCCAUUUAAAACUAAACUUAAUAAAAAAAGUGUUUAUAAUAUUGUUGGUUUCUUCUUCGGAAUACUACAUUCAUUGAAAUAAGAACAAGAAUCGUGAUUUUUUGUUUUGUAUUAAUAUUUUUUAAGUGUAUAACUUGGAAAAUAUAAUCAAAAGAUAUUUAAAUAAAUCAAUGCUAGUUUUAACUUUUUGUGUAAUAUCAUUUUUGUUUUUAAUACAGGAAUUUGACUUUUCUAUGAGCCAAAUUGAGCAGUUAAAAUAUUAAUUUAAUAUGAUUUAUUGGGAAAUGAAUUUAUAGUAGAUGUGUUGAGGUGGUAUACAAUAUUUAAUGAGGAGGUUUAUCAAUUUUGUACAUUUUUUAAAUCAAACAUGAAAACUUGUUUAAUUCUAUUGCAGUAUCCAUUAACAUAUUAAAUGAAGAUCUCGUUCUGCUUCAAAAUCCAAUCUUGAAAUUAUUAAGCAGGAUUCAAAACGAAACCACAUAUAGAGUAUUGGAAAAUAUUUACCUGAACAUAGAAAUUUCAUUGUAAAUACUAACCAACUUACUACCAUUUUACUAGUAUAGUCACUAUAAAUUAUAAUAAACCUAACUUCUACACUAGAUCUCCACUCGUUAGAGUAGAAUUAUGAGAAACGAAAUUAAUCAAAACAAGAGCGGGAAGUGCACAUACAAUCCAUAAGAAUGAGAAACCUAAUAUUAGUGGAAUUCUCUUAAGGUCAAAUAAAUAAAUAAACAAUUUGUUGAUAUGAGUAACCCCCAAAAUACCAUUUCAAUAUCCAUAUUUUCACUUCAUUUUCAUUAUUUACUUCAACUGCUUAUGGACAAAAAUAUCAAAAUCAACUAAAUCCUGAAACUCCCCUAAGAACUUGACUCCUAUAAUCCCAUUUCUGAGGCUUCGCUGGGUUGUAUUGUUUCAAGUCAUGAUGAAUUUUUGUAGGGAUUAUCCGUUCAUCAACUGCUAGAUAUUCCUCUUUAGGUACUAGUAAAAGUUGCUGCCUAAUGCCAUCUAAAAGUGAGCACACUUUAAAUAGCUUAUGACAUAGACUGCCCAACGAGAUAUAAUUAUUGUUGUCAUUGGAGUGUAUUUUUUUUAUUAUUUCAAAUCUAUUGCAUCUCAUAGUUUUUAUAAAUUUGUGGCUGCCCUAAAAUCUUGUUCCAGUAAUAUCAUGAGGCAGGUAAUUUAACUAUAGACAUGAAUAUUACCAUGCAUAAAUUCCUCCAUAUCUUGUUUGGUUAUGUUAGCCCAUUUGUUUAUGUUAUCUUGUGUGGGUUUUGAAUUACGUUGAUUUAUUGUAGUUUGUAUAAAAUCCUCAGAAAAUAAAAACAAGAAAAAAUUUACUGGUGUUUUUCAAUAAACUCCUGGUAACUGCGUUGGUUCCAAUAAAUUCAAAAUUAUUUGCAUCCAAAGCCUUUGAUUUUUUUUAUUCCAAUUUUAUUGCAAUCAUCUAUUUCGGGCAUAACAAGAGAUCGUCUAUGACGUUGAAAUUGUCUCCUCCUCUUUCCAUUAUCCUCCAUAGGAUGAAUUGACACCAUUUACAUAUAUUUGAAUCAGCAGUCGUUUUCAUGCUUGCUUUUCCUGUGCAAUCUUUUCGGCAUGAUGCAGACUCAUAUUUAUUAAUGGUUUUGCUUGGUCUACCCAUCUAGUUGGAGAUCUGCCUCUUGAGCGUUUGCGUUUUUCUUUCUCUUCUAUAAAUAAUCGUUCCAUUGUUCCUGAUCUUCUAGCUAUAUGUCCCAGGUAAUGCAGAAUGCAGAUACAUGUGGUUUAUUCUGGUUUGGUGUUCUGUCCAUGAACUAUUUCAUCACUAAGCGGGCUGUCCCCAGGUAUAGUAUUAACAUGCUUCUGAGACCCAUAAAAUGAACAGGAUCCAUUCUGCAAGCAAGGAAAAACGAUCUCAUGCCAUUCGGUCAAAAAUUAAUAGCGCAUACGAAACCAUAUAUGGUACCGCUAAAAAAUUAUUAAGUUAGGUUAGAAUGCAUAAGAAAUCAUAUAUGGUUUCAUAAAAAAGCUCCCCAAUAUGAUAGAAAUAUCCAAGAAAGUAACCAUUAAAAAACAGAUAUAUUAAAUAGUACAAUAACAGCACCGUGUUUUCUUUUUUAUCAACUUUCUUAUUUAGAAAAUUGUUUUCACGGACACUGAGUUGAACUUCACGCAAGCGCUUAGAAAAGUGAGGUUAUAACCAAAAUGACGUUAGACCAUAGACAACAAAAAAUAUUUUCGUAUUGCCAACAUAACAAUUAAAGUUUCCACCAUGCGUAUUAUUAUUGCUUGUGCAAUAUAACGUGAAAAAAAAUAUAUUAAAACUGGUGAACCAUGUAUGGGUUUAUAUGCAGUAGAGUGUUAGAGAUUUUACAUUGAAAUUCUUAUUCUCUAUAAAAUAUUUUAAUUAAUACGCGCCUACUAACUCAUUGGGCUAAUUUGCAAUUCCCGCAAAAUAUGUUCCAGAAUUAUAUAACAAUCUAAGAUUGAUUAUGAGAUCGAUAAGAAAUCUUGAAUCUGCAUAGCAAUGCAUAAAAUUGAAUUGUAGCCACUUGGAGCAACUGUUAUAGUUAUUUAGUUUAUUUGGAAGUUAUAUAUUUUGGUUUCUAGUUUCAGUUUUUUAUCGCCUUAUCGUAAUAUUCAGAAAUUUGACAUGUUGCUUUUUUCGUAUUUAAAAAGAACACAAAUUCAACAUCACACUAAAGGCCUUUCGUGUUUCCACCAAUAUUGGGUUUAAUCAAAUCCAAAUGUAUUUUAAUAUUUGGUUGUCUUUAAUCAUACAUAUCAAUUUUACUCUUUAGAGGAGAAAAAUGAUUGUGAAUUUUGCAAAUGUUUAUAGUGAUUAUUAUUUAUUAUAACCAACAAAAUUAAUAAAUCACUCUUUAUUUUGGUUAUAUAGAAUGAUUAAGCAUUACCAUUUUACGAUGUAUAACUAUACACACUGAUAAGUUGGCGAGAGAUUAGCAAAUAGUUUGCAGUAUCAAUCAGACUGUUAUCCAAUGCAAUUGUCCAAAAUAUUUUAAUAAAUUCGUUUCGCAUUUAAUAGCGCCAUCUAUUAAAACCCUUUGGGAUUGAACUAUUGCAUUAGCCGAUUUUUACUAGGAAGACUUCUGUGAUCAUAUCUGAAAGACUUAUGCGGACUAAUAAUUUUUAAUGAAUAUACUAAUUCUUUAAAGUAAUUCAUCAGUAUUUAUAUAAUGAAAAAAUCAUUUUCGACAAUAGAACUAUUUUUAGUUGAAUUAAAUGGUAUUGCAAGAAAUAACAAUACUGCACAAUUACCAUUUGAUAUUCGCGAAAAUUAAGAAGUGGACGACAUCUGCUAAUUUCUUUUAAACAUCAAUAGAGGUGAUCAACAAAGCCAGAAUACGACUAAUUUUUUAUUUGAUAAUCAAUAAAAAGUGUUAUUUAAAAUUUUAGUCUAAAUAGUAAAAUAAUAUACCUGUUUAUAGUACUUUUCUGAGAUAAAAACAACCACACAUCCAUAAGGUUCACAAAACAAUAAAAACAAGGUAAAAGUUGUAAUUUUACAAAUUUAAUAGUUGUUAAAAUCCUAUUCUAGUGGCCAGUAAAACUCUUGUCCACCUUUUUGAUAGUUAGUUGAUAGAACAAUUAAAUUUCCAAUUUUUAACUACUUAUUAUCUCCAAUUUAUUAUAUGAUGUUAAAAAGGGUUACUUCAAAUUUCAUCAUUUUCAGAUUGAUUCUUAAACACAACUUUUUGUUCUAACCAUGCAAACAUACAAGAAAAAAUGAAGAAAAUGCUACCACAAUCACUAAAAACGCAUAAAAAAUAAAUAGCACCAAACCCCCUUACAGAUUAUAAUGUUGUUCACCGCUAUAGAAGACAAAUUCAACGCCAUCUACUGACACGUGAUUUUCGCCAACAAUUAUUAAAAAUUCUGUUAGAGUGACGUGUGUAGUCACAGUUAUAAAUUAUUGAUAAGUUUAAUAAACCACAACGUUGACUCACUAUUUUAUUAUAUUGAUUUUAUUGUGUCAAAUUCGAAACAUUUUAUUUUGAGGAUUAAAUUUCCAUUAUUGAUGUCUCUUGGUGAUUAGCGACAUAUAUGAUGAAAAUUCUAACAUAUCAUAUUUUGGUAACAUACUUGAUAACAAAUACAAUGUUUUUGACAUUUGGUCUUGUACUGAAAUGUAUAAGCACACUGGUGACAAUUUUAAGGAAAUUAUUUAGUAUAUCCAAUGUGUUUGAAAAAACGUAAACUAUAGAAUGAUUGAGUUUGUUUCAGGAUUCUUUUUCCUAAUGGUUAAACCUAUGUAAACAUCUCAUUUGAGACACAUUUAUUAUAUUAUUUUCAAGUGCAUUAAUUUGCCUUUGAAACUAUCAUACCUUAAAAAAGUUGAACAAUAUACGAGGCAUAUUUUUUAAGUACCGUUUUGGAAUUAAAAAAAGAAGUGCAAAGAUAUCGCAAUAAUUUUUUUUUUUUUUCAUAAAACCCGUACCUUAAUCUACUUUUCUACAUAACUUUCGUGAAUAUUGAGGCACUGUACCAAAACUGUUUUGACUUCGUUAUCGUCUUGAAGACGCUGACCGCCCAGGUAUUUCUUCAAGUGCAGGAACAAAUAGUAGUCGCUGGGCGCCAGAUCAGGGUUCUAGGGAGGAUGAUCUAGAAUUUCACAUUGAAAAAUUUGAUAAGAUCUUUGGUCCGAUUAGCCAUAUGUGGACGGGCAUUGUCAUGCAGCAAAACGAUACCCUUACUCAACUUGCCACGUCUUUUGUUCUGGAUUGCACGACGCAGAUUUUUCAAUGUCUCACAAUAAGAAGCUGCAUUAAUUGUCUCAUUACGAGGCCGAAACUCCACUAGCAAUACUCCUUUUCUGUCCCAAAAAACUGUGCACAUGAUUUUCCGGGCAGAAAUUGUUUGCUUAAACUUUACUUUUUUGGGUGAUGAUGAAUGUCGUCAUUCCAUGGAUUGUUGUUUCGAUUCUGGUGUGACGUAGGCCACCCAUGUUUCGUCACCAGUAACAAUUUGGUCUACAUUCAUUGUGGUACCGCUCAAGGAAAGUCAAUGCACUACCUAAACGUUGGGUUUUGUGCAAAUCCGUCAACAUUUUAGGAACCCAACAUGAAUACAAUUUCCGGUAGUUCUCGGUAACAAUGCGAUACAAAACACUGUUUUCUCUCACGUUUUCGUCCACUUUCUGCACCAAAUCUUCAUUAACGACCGAAGGACGCGCACUCCCUUCUUCAUCAUCACAUUUGUGCGGUCAUCUUUAAAUGCUCUCACCCAUUUCCUUACCAUUCCAUCACUCAUAAUAUUUUGUCCGUAAACUUCAUGGAUCUCACGACGAAUAUCGAUCGUUUUUACGCCUUUGGCACUAAGAAAUCGUAUAACUUCACAUUCGGCGGGACUCACGAUUGUCGGAGGCACCUUAAACACUUAGUAAACAACGUACACAAUGAAGAAUCAGACUGUAAUGGCGUCAGUGCGUAGACAAGAGAUGUAGGUAACCAGCGCGCAUGUACGGAACGCCGACCUUGGGGUUGCGGCGGCGGAAUCGCAAAACGGUACUUACUUAAAAAAUAUGCCUCGUAUUGUAAUGCUCAUAUAUAUUCAUUUCAUCGGUUUUCUAACAAGUAGAAGCUUCUUUAUAAGAUUUUCAAAAAAUUCUUUGUUUAUGGCCCAGUGUAAACUACUUUUUAUAUCAAUUGUCAAUAUAUUUGUUAUAUUUUUUAGAAGUUACGUAUUAUUCUUUUCAGUACAAUGGACUUAAAUGAACUAAGUACUGGUUCAUUUCUUGAUCAUUUUAGCAACUGUUGGAACUGUUAUUGAGUUUUUUAAACAAUUCACGCUAAUCAGUCAACUCCAUUCCAUUUAAAAUGGUGGUCGUUUCAGAACCUCAUUCACUCGCAAAAUCAGAUGGAAAACCGUUAAGUUCGUGUAUUGAGUCUUGCGUUUCCAGUUGGAGUACGGCUUAUAUGGAAAGGUUUCAACAAUUAAAUUUUCAAAUGAAAAAAUUAUUAAUGUUUUUAGUGAUUUCUAUUUCUAGCUGUUUCAACGAAGUUUAUUAAUUUAUUAAUUUGUUAGUGACCAAAGUAUUGAAACUCUCUGCUGUAAUAAAGCUUAUUAUUCAAGUUUUAUAUAAUUUAAGUAUGUUUGCAACUUUGAAUUUGUCACAUAUGGAUAUAAAAACAAUUUAGACUAUAUUUGUGGGAAAUUAAUAUUUCUUUCAUGAAUCUUAUUGAAUAGAUUAAGAUUUUCCGUUGAAACUACUCAAAAAGUAUUAAUUAUAUUUUACAUUACAUAUAAGUAGUUAUGAUAAAGUAUCCAAAUUUCAUCUAUUAUUGAAAAUAGUUUUAUGUUUAAUCCAAUUAUUAGUAGUUAGUAGUUAAGUAUUUAUCUUUUCGGUGCAAUUUUCUGAAUGUGUGUGAUAUUUUUUUACAGAAGCUUAAGUUUUCAUGUAACUUAAAACAGGAUAAGUAUAACACAUAUUCUUAUAUUUAUAAUAAGUGUGAAUUUUGUAUUAAUGUAUUUUGUUGGAUCAAAUUGCAAUCUAUCACGUUUAUACCAUCAUAAAUGAAAAUAUUGUGUAUCAACUGACUUUCCUUAACAUCUUUAUAUUAAAAAAUACAUAUGAACUUAAAGUAAAUCAUUAUUGGUAGAAACAUAUUUGAGAAAUGGGGCAUCUCCGGUGAUGCUACAAUUAUGAAAUAUGAUUAUAUUGCUACUUUUCCAUGAAGAUGAAACAGUUAUAUUGGUUUUAUACCUUGAAAAAAUCUUCAUUAAUCUAUUCCAUUUUGUUAAAUAAUGAAAAAUUUUAGUCAAAACUGUCAAUAUCAUCUAAAAGUCUAAAAUAUCCUUUAUGAUAAGGGUGUUUGGGAUGUGGACACGUGCGAUUUUUUAUUCGUAUGCACUCGUACGAUUCGUUGUCGGACAGGUGCAUGAUUACAUAAACGCAAAUUAUAUUUUCUAGAAAAUUCCUCCUUGAAAUAUAUUCAUUUUUUAUUGUUUUCAACAUUUAAAUAUUCACUUAGUAACAUUGAGCAGAAAUUAAUUAAUACCCUAACUUGAUCGGAGAGAAAAAAAUCACCUUAAUACUUCAGUAAGUACCGAAGCUUUCAAUUAAGUUUUUCACUUAAUAUUAAACUUUGAAAUUAUGAAGCAGCAUUAAAGUAGUAUUCUGAAUUGAACAAUGUAUUUAGCUUUGGAUAUUCCACUGUAGGUCAGAGAUGUUUCAUAUGGUCUGAAUAGUUUUUUGUUCUGAUAAUAACCAGACUGCUCAAUAUCUAACCCCAUCCGCAUAAUAUCUACAAGUGAUAGAGCUGAUAAUAUUAAAAUCUUUUAAUUCAUAUUUAUUUUUGUUCCUGUGCUCAAUUCUUAUCUUUCUAGUAGCAGAAUAUUCACUUUUUCCUUUUUUUCUGUUUAUUUAUUUAUUUGAAUACUCUAGUAGAUUAAUAUAGCCGUAAACGGUAGUUCAAAGUAAAUAUCUAAUUUUUUUAAAUUUCUGCCACUAGCUCCAGAUCGACUUAAUUCCAAUUUUGCCUGCCCUUGGCUACUUGGCAAUGAUGUAUCAUUUGGAAACUAAUUUAAUGGUAGAAGGAUGACUCAAAAACAAGAAAUUUUAAACUACCGACUGUAAAGGAGAAUUGUCGAAUAUGCUUUCGGAACAGGAAAUUACAAAUGGACAAUUCUGAUAAAUCAAAUAGCGUCAUCUAAACAAAUGUUUUAUAAUAAUUACAUAGGUUUGCCCCCUUCAUAAUUCUUCCAUUGGUAAGAAAAAACUUUUUGAACAUAACUUCAAUAUCAAUUCUGAAAAACAAGUUUCCCCUUAAGCUAAAAAUCUUGGAAUAAAUUUAAGAGCUACUUAUAGAAUAUGAUUUAAAGAUAUUUUUUAAGAGAAAAAUAAAAAUAUUUCACU